AUGGGCCAACAAGUCAAAUGGCCCCCAAAGAUGAAGGCCUCGGAUUUCAACCGGAAUCCUAAACGGUGGUGUGAUUUCUAUUGUGAUCACGGCCACAACACGGAGGACUCCAUAGCCCUAAAGAUAGAGGUCAACGAGCUUAUCAAGAGAGGCCACCUGAGGGAAUUCCUCUCAAAUAAGGCCAGGAACCUCUUAAAGAAGGAAGGCCAUGGUCUUCCUACCGAAGCAGCCCCGGCAGAUCGGAAAAACGGUCAAGAGGCCGAAGGUCCUAAGCGUCUACUCCUAGGAACGGACGAGAUUAGUUUUACCGUGAAGGAGCAGGAGAAGGUCCUAACCCCUCACCAUGACGCCCUCGCCAUUUCACUUACCAUAGCAAACUGCUUGGUUAAGCGAAUACUGGUGGACAAUGGGAGUUCCAUCAACAUCAUCUUCCAGUCGGCCUACGCCGAUCUAGGGCUGGAACCUAAGGUGCUAACGAGAAAGGCGACCCCUCUCAUAGGCUUCAGCGGAGAGGUGAAGCAGAGCCUUGGGGAAGUCCUCCUCCCGGUAUACGCCGAAGGGAUAAACCAGGCUACAAAGUUCCUAGUCGUCGACUGUCCUUCCUCCUACAAUGUGAUACUAGGAAGACCCUGGAUCCACGAUAUGGGAGCCAUACCUUCCACUCUCCAUCAGUUGAUCAAGUUUCCGACCCCCUGGGGCAUUAAGCUUAUGGCCCUACAUACGGAAGAGAUGAAAGUGGAGGAGAUGGAUGAAGUGCUCUUGGCAGAAGGGAACCCGGAGCGGAACCUGAAGAUUGGUUCUAAGCUCGCCGAAGGACUAGGCGGAGAUUGA